AAGGAAAGCCGUCUAUUAAGGUUCGCCAUUCAAGAGUAGAGAAAUGCAAGGAAAGAGGAGCAACCUCUAUCUUUCUAAUAUUCUGUUCUCUGUAAAACCUCUCUCGGCCAAAGCACUAGUAAACCCUACCCUUCGGGGUACCCCAUCCCCGCCCUAACCCCACCCCCCCCUCCUCCUAUGAAUCGACGGCAUUGUUUUCCCAUGGUGUAAAGGACUUGCAACCAGAUGAUCCCCACAAAAAAGCACAUUCUUAUCCCUCUUUGCUCUCUAUUUCCUCAAUAAACAUCCCCGGCCACCAGGAAAAAUUGUUUCCUUCAUUUCUUAAUUCUGAGAGGAGGUAAACUAAUUUCUAGCAAAAUUCACAUAAGUUGUUUUCUUAUUCUUAAGCGAAAAGGAAAGACUGAAAUAUCUGUAGUUGGUUUUUGAGAGUUUUAAAUGAUGGAACCAGUUGGAAACAUAGAUGGGGUUGGUGCAAGGAGCGAUGGUGGAUCGUCUUCAAUGUCUAAAGGUGGUGAUGAGGGUGGUGAAUUCCAGCUAAAGAAGGGGCCAUGGUCAGCAGAAGAAGAUGCCAUGCUAAUAGAGCACGUGAAUAAAUAUGGAGAAAGGAACUGGAAUGCGGUGCAUAAACUCUCUGGGCUGCCUCGGUGUGGCAAGAGUUGCCGAGUGCGAUGGACCACACACCUCAGGCCUAAUGCCAAGGAAGGUGCCUUCUCUGCUGAAGAGGAUAGGAUCAUUGAUGAGUUGGAUGCUCAGAUUUCAGCAUCUAAUGAUGAUGAGGGUGGUGGAGGUGAGCUGAAGAAGGGGCCAUGGACGGCUGCAGAAGAUGCCAUACUAAUAGAGUACGUGAACAAACAUGGAGAAGGGAACUGGAAUGCUCUGCAGAAACGUUCUGUACUGGCUCGGUGUGGCAAGAGUUGUCGGCUACGAUGGACUAACCAUCUCAGACCUAAUCUUAAGAAAGGGAACUUCUCUGCUGAAGAGGAGAGGAUCAUUGUUGAGUUGCAUGCCCAGUUUGGCAACAAAUGGGCUCGGAUGGCUGCUAGGCUUCCUGGACGAACAGACAAUGAUAUCAAGAAUUUUUGGAACACAAGAACAAAGAGACUCCUGCGGCAUCGCCUCCCUCUUUAUCCACCAGAAAUCCUGCCCCAAAAUCCACCAAGUCCUCAGCACGACAACAACAACAAAAAAUCCCACUCUCUACCUUCCACCCCAACCUCCUCUUUUACUUUCCCGACCACCCAACUCUUAUCCCCGACAACUCCGACUAAUCCACAAAAUAAUCUCACAUCUCCUGCCCGUGCCUUUACCCCUCCCGCUACCCCUACCCAUCCCCCUACCGCUGCUCGUCCCCCUACCCCUGCCGCUCUCCAUCCCUCUCCUCCUCCCUUUACCGCUCCCCCUAUCUCCCCUCUCUCCUCUCCUUCCACUGCUAAUUUUCCUACCCUCCCACUUUUCGACUUUUCCCUCCCCCGAGCCCCUCCAAUCCUUCAUAUCCCUCCCCGCUUCAAGAACUUCUCCCAAUCCUCUUCCGCCACCUCCCCGAACAACACCACCAUUGUUAACACCCCGCCCACCUCACAUAGCAUUACCGUUCCUGCCUCUUACUUUUCGCUACCCUCAUCACCAUUGCCCGCUAUAACUUCACCAUCCAACACUAGUCCUCUCAGUUACGAAAUCCCUUGUUGCUUCACUAACCUGCUCAGCAGCAACAGUAGUGAGUUCCACAAGGAAAUGGAGAGAGAGAAUGAGAAACUGUGUUUGCUUCUCGCUUCCGUGACGCAGACAGAUCACCUCCCUUUUGCCCAAUUGUUGUCACCAACAUCUCUGAAUUGGAAUUCAGCAUCUAGCAGCAUUCCUACUACUACUACCAACACCACCGCUGUGCCUGCUAAGAUUGGUAGAACAAGAAUAAGAAGAAUGAAAAACGUUACAACUUCUGGCAAGGGUAAGAGAAAUAGCAUAGGAUUUGGUGCAACUGAAAGUAGCAGGAUUGGAUUAUUACAAGAAGAUCUCAUGCAAGAGGUUAAGGCAGCUUUGGAAGUGAAUGAAAAGGAUACUUCGACCAAGCAGAGUCAUUUGGUUUUUCAGGAUGCUCAGCAGAAGCCAAAGGAGCUCAUGUUCGAAGAUUUCUGCGGAAUACAAUAUUCGGAUCUUUCCAGCUCUCUGUCUUUGUCUUCAGAGUUGACGCCAACAGAUGGUGAAGUAGCAGAGCAAUUAAACAGUAGCAUGACUGAUGACUUGACCAAGCUGCUCGACAUUUUCCCUUCUUCUCCCUUGCAGCUCUCUGAUCUGUAUACCGAUGACAUCUCCAAAGGGCAAACCUCGGUCAUAAUUGAUGAUAAUAACAUGGAUAUCGAUAUGCAGCAGCAGAUAGCUUUAUUGUUUCCCACCACAGCCACAGACCAAGGCGGCAGAACCGUUGGAACUGGCUCUUGGGACAGCUUGCCUGGGAUUUACUGACAGACAGCUUGAAGAAAGAAAAGGAAGCAUCAAAGGCUUGGAAUUAAUUAUUUCGGUUAUUAAAUUCUACUAAUAUUAAUUUCUAAUUUGUAUGGAUGGUGGUAGAGUUACCUUUUCCACUUAGCUUUUGAUCAGUAUUAAAUGACAAUAAAAUUGCAAUCAGGUGAAAUGGAUCAGGUAAAGAAAAGCUGCUUCAUCUUCCAAGUUACUCUGAAAAGGGUGAUAGUUUCCAUUUCCAAGGGACACCCCAUGAUCCUGACACGAUCAACCUGAUCAAUUCCCCAUUGAAAGAUCUCACAAUCUAGUGUUUGGAGAUCUAGGGAAGGGAGGAGAGCUGCACCUUAGCUGGAUCUGUUAGAGGAGUUAGAAAUAAGGUCAGUCGCAUCUUGUGCCGUUGGGGGUGACCUUAGGAACACGUAUUGAGCUACAUUUUCUAUGGUUUCCUUGCAAGGAGAAAAAAUAAGUGUAUAAGAGUUGUGUUUUGUGAACUCCAAACUGCAUGCUGCGUGCUAUCAAUUCUAUGCAUGUCUUUACAGUACGAUGCACGACGCCGGUGCAUAAAGU